AAGGCUCAUGGUGUCCUGCUACAUUUAUAAAAUAUUAAUUAGCAGUUUAGGAGGCAUUUCUUCCUCGAUAGCAAUCAUGGCCACUGGAUGUAAGGGCUAUGAGUGUUACAACUCAGUCUCACUCUUGUCUACGCCACUGCCAGCAAGGCUAUCGGCAUCAAGCGACCGUUGAUGAGUUUUGAACCUGGCCAUUUUGUGGCUGAGUACAAAUUCACAUAUCUGAUUUGCAUAGAUUAGCGCAAUAAAUCCGACGCAGAAAGUCUUCAUGGGAAAUAGUCCGUAUUAUCUCGUCGCGCUAAAAUCGCUCCCUCUUUUUGAGUUCUUUUUUCCUUUCUCUCUUAGAUUCAACGAGAACCCCCGUUGAUAUAAGGCAACCCAGAGCCUCGCCACAAUGUCUUCUGCUAUGACGAGCAAGGCUCCGUCGCCUACCGCUUAUCCCCAGCCAGAAAAACCGGAGAUCCUCGAGCCGCCAUUUUCCAAUUCUGCGAGUAUCCGCUUUUCCCAGCAAUAUACGCACCCAGCUGGAGUCAACUUCCAGCACAAGCUGAUAAAGCCAAGCGAGGAUCUACAUCAGUAUUUGGACUUGGACCUCGCAACCCCGAAAUUGAAUCGGAUUCACCAUUUACUAUGGCUGGCGGGUCUCCCACGGGCGGCGCGGCCCUUACAUCGGCAGAAGCUGAUGAAGCGUUCAUUCAUUCUCACCGAAGCCCCGGACGAGCAUCUCGUCUGGAGCCCGGGCUAUAUAGUCAUCAAACCGGUACCGGAAUAUCUCCUCGACCACGAGUUCUGGGCCAGGAACAUCUGUCCCCAUAGUGAGCUGCACGCCUCCGCCUGUGGGCUCCUUCUUUCCUACGCCUGGCUCAUCACUCGCGUGACGGAUUUCCAAAUCGCAAAGGAUGAGCGAAUCCUCCCUGCCGACGUAACCUGGGAAGCGUGGACGCGACUCGUACAAGAGUUUCUGGACUGGAUGGACAAUCAUCCGAUUCAGCACAAUUCCGUCACGCACCUGUCCCAGCCCGCUAUUAACCAGCGCUACGAGUUUGGCGAGCUCCGUCUCAGCCGCCUCAACCCGCUCUACAGACUCACGCCGUCGACAUUCUCCAUGCACAAUCUUGUGUUCGGCUUCAUGCCAAGCUCGACGUGGUACCGGGCGUUUUUCGAGCAGAAUUUCUCCUGGAUCCUGGCUGUGCUGGUGUACAUGUCUCUGCUGCUGUCGGCCAUGCAGGUCGGGCUGGCGACGGACGAGCUGCAGGGGAAUCAGCAGUUUCAGCGCACGUGCAUCGUCUUUACAUUGGGCUCGAUUUUCUUCACGGUUGUUUUGGUGGGGGUCAUGCUGGUGUUGUGGACGGUGUUGUUUUGCUAUCAUAUUGGGUUUACGAUACUAUUUCAUAGGCGGUUGAAUCGGAAUGGGCCAGAGAGUGUAGCCAACUUGUGACGUCGUCUAGAUAUAUUUUCCACUUAGUGGGCGUUUAUGAUGAAGAUGUUGGUGAGUAAUGACUGGAAUCUAGAAUAUCUUGCCGGUCUUUAUAUAGCUGGUUUGGAACGUCGUUGAAUGCUAUCACAUAUAAACUAGGCAGAUAC